CAUCCUAAAGUCUUUGCUGUGACUUUAACCAAAGUUUCUUGAAGAAACAAAAUAGUAUGGRGUCACCGUGGCAAACAGAACUUUCUACUCUCAGAGAACGUAGUAAGUACGCCUUCAACAACUCCUUGUUUUGUGAUGUUAAGUUCUCGGUUGAAGACGAUAACGGAAAAAAAGUCACCAUUCCAUCCAACAAGUAUGUGCUGGCUGUUACCAGUCCUGUCUUUGCUGCCAUGUUUUACGGUGAUCUAGCCGAGACUAAACCAAUCAUUCCCAUAAAAGAGUGCACUAAGGAAGGACUGCAAGAAAUGCUUCGCUAUGCACAUUGUGAAGAAGUCCAUUUAACAAGCAAGAACGUUAUUGAUGUACUAAACCUUUCCAAGAGAUACAUUAUGCCAUUCCUGGAAGAAAAAUGCAAGGARUAUCUUGGACCUGAAGAUGUGUUUAGCAUUUUACCACAAAUACAGGAAAUGGGAGAUGAAGACCUUCAAGAACACUUAUGGGACAUUGUUGACAGCGAAACUUAUCGAGCAAUUCUUCUGAGUCAUUUUUGAGUGUGUCCAAAGAAAUGAU